AUGCGCCUCCUUCUCUUUUCUUUAUUCUUGUCUUUUCUCUCUGCUGUCCAUGCCCUUCAUUUCUAUCUCGAUGCCAAUCAGAAACGAUGUUUUAUUGAAGAGCUUCCCACCGACACCGUUGUAGAAGGCCACUACCGCGCCCUUGAAUGGAACGAACAGGAACAAAAAUACGGUGAAAACCCAGAGCUAGGUAUUGUUGUCCUGGUUCAGGAAGAACCCUCGGGCCACGUCGUGGUGCAAACCACCGGCCCUCUCGACGGAAAAUUCACAUUCACAUCGCACGAGGCGGGCGACCACUCUAUCUGCCUCUCCACCAACUACACAUCCUGGUUCAGUCACACUCACAUUCGCCUCUACCUCGAUAUCGUCGUCGGCUCGACGAAACCCGAUGUUGAACACGAUAGGUCCCACGUCUCCGAACUUGCUUCCAAAAUCCGCGACCUUAAUCAGAAGCUGGAGGAUAUCAGGAGAGAGCAGCAGUAUCAGAGAGAAAGAGAAGAGGAUUAUAGGGAUCUCAGUGAGGCAACCAAUGCUCGCGCGGUAUGGUACAGCGUAGUGCAAAUUCUUGUCCUCGUUACAACGUGUGCAUGGCAGCUGCGUCAUUUGAAGGCCUUUUUCGAGGACAGGAAGAUGCGAUAG